AACAGGAAAGCGCAUGCGUAUAAUGAAUGACGUACCCUCGCUUGCGUUCCAUUGUGUACGCCUGCGCAGAGCAAGCAAAGUGCGCAUGCGCCCGACUGUCUCCAUGGUGAGGCCACUGACGCUUAUAUCUGGCUCUGAACACGAUCGGGCGACUCUCAACUCACUGUGCCCGUGGGGAUGGACAGUUACAGGACAUUAGAAGAAUGGGGGCCGGGCUCAUUUGGAGACUUCUGCCUUGUGGAGGACCUGAAGGAAAAUACAAAAUAUGUGAUAAAAAAGGUGGAGUGCCUGGAUGAACGAGAAGCAAACCUUGCAGCCAAAGAGGCUACGGCUCUGUUACGUCUCCAGCACCCCAAUAUCUGUGCCUAUAAGGAAUUCUUCAUCACCUGGGAUAAUAAGAUCUCUUCGCUGUUUUUCUGCCUGGUAACUGAUUUCUAUCCAUACGGAGAUGUCGCUGCUCUCGUGAGUCGGAACAGACAGCGGGUGCAAAAUACAGAGGAAAAGCUCAUUCAAAUAUUACUGGGACAGACCAUUGAUGCACUGGUGUAUAUCCACAAACAUAACCUCACCCACAGAAACCUGAAACCCAGUAAUAUCUUCCUGAAAGAUGAAACUUUGUUUCUAAUCGGCGAUUUACUGCUGGAGACGCUGGCGGCUGAUGAGAUGAGAAUGAAGAAGAGACUGGACGAUGGAUGGUGGUUAUGGACGGCCCCUGAGGCCCUGCGGCUAACAUACAGCGAGAAGUCGGACGUCUGGUCCCUGGGCUGUAUCUUGCUGGAGCUGAUGACCUGUUCCGUAUACACGGGUGAAAUGGUGGUGUCCAUACUCAAUGAGAUACGAGUGACCCCACGGUGCUUAGAGAAAGUGGUUCCAGCACUUCAGUCCAUGGCUGAUUAUUCCUCCGAUCUCUGCCAACUUCUGCCUUUAAUGCUACAGAUGGACCCUGAGAAGCGCUGUACUGUAAAUGAGUUAGUGGAAGUGGCCUGUGUGAAGCAGUGCUUGGCUCUGGCUGCUUCACCUUUGUCUGCCCUCAAAAAUCCCUUGUUGCCUGGCACAAUCCAUCAACUGGCGGAGGCUCCAAUAGACCAGAUUUUAGAGUUCAUGCAGAGACAUUCAGAUUCUGAAGAUGCUCAGAUUGCAGCAAUAAGGCAACUGUCUGCGUACGCAAGACACCCCGAUGGUUGGCAGCACAUAGAGGAGAUCCUACCUCUUGUGGUGCAAGCGAUGCAGCUACACUGCAGUUCCUCGGAUGUGCUGCUAGAUGGCUGCAAAUUCCUGCAGGAUCUUGUAACCAACGCGCUGGAGCACGGUUCUGCCAGUGAUUGUUUCGCAAGCAGGGAUCUGGUUCUGACACUUGUAGCAGCUGCAAGGUCCUUUGCUGAUAACAGAAGCCUCCUGCCUCUUAUCUGUCAGGUGCUAAUACUCCUCUCCACUAACGAGGCGGCAACAGAAAUCUUAGGGCAGACUGGGUUUCUGGAGGACGUUGUGAAGGUUAUGGGUGGCUCCUUGCAGAGCAGAGAGAUGUGCGUUUGCUGCUGCCGACUGCUCUGGAGCAUUGGUGCCGCUGAGGGGUCGUCUCAGAGAGUUUGGUUGGAACUGGCUGUACCCCGGAUGGUCACCCUACUCAGUGGAUACAUGGAGGAUGCAGCAGUUGUUGAAGUGGCCCUAGGGGCCCUGUGGAUUACGUGUUUGAAAGGGUGUGUGGCAGAGAAAGAAACGGAGAGAGUAAGUCAAGUCUUGCUGGAAACCCUCCAAACACAUCCCACCAGGCCCGCGCUGGUUAAAAAUGGACUCUUGGCACUGGCAAGCAUCAUCCGUACAUCAGAGCUGGCACUAUACCGGAUCCUUCUGCCAGGAACUGGAAAGAGUGUGAUCUCACUGGUCAAGGAGAUUUACCAGCUACACUCCGACGAUCCAGAGAUCGUAGAGAAUAUCUGCUUGCUAUUCCACGACAUGGCCCAAUACGCAGGAGACAUAAGAGCUGAAUUACUGUCACAGCAUGUGGAAUCACUCCUGCGGGAGAUCAACGUGAAAUAUGAAUCAACGGAGGAGAUUGUUUCUCUUGCACAGUCGACACUCUCAAGCCUUGAAAUCUGAGGGAGCCAUUGCUGGGUGCAAUUUGAAUCUGACGCUGACCCCCCCCCCAGCAGUGGGAUGUAUAUAUUCUUCUAUACAAAUCAGAGAUGCUUGAAUACUGGAUCAGUGCAAUAAAUGCCAAGGUGCGAUAUGUGAACAA